UCAAGUCUCAUAUCAGUCGUCUGCGCGGGAAGUGAGCACAACUGACGCGCGCAUUGCCUUCCUACAUUCCACAUUAUUUACUCCGUUUCAUUUGGGAACUAUAACGUCUUUUAGUGUUACAGUGAAGCGAGUUACUUAGUGCAGAACAACACCCUCGUUAUCGCGAUGUGUUACGCGUGUGUACGCAAGUGAUUUGCUUCUGUUUACCUAUAAGUUGUUCGAGUUAAUCAUUGCGGUGUUCUCAUGAGUGUGUGACAAGGAGUGCGAUGGUGAGGUGAGGCAGGGGCAUGCGCUGCUCGGUGUGGUGGUGGGCGCUGGCGGGGCUGCUGGCGCGCGCCCCGGCGCUCUCCGCCACGCCCACGGCCUGCGAGGAGGACGCCUGCCGCUGCGACCCCUUCACCAGACUCAUUUGCACAUGCACCACUGAAUAUUCCGAGGUGACAUUGCGGCCUGACGGCGCAUACAGGGUUCCGUCGACAGCCACUGCAAUCAUCAUCGACAACUGUUCUCGAGUGACCUUCUUACCAGACACAGUCCGCAAUCUCAUACAGCUGCGCAACAUACAACUACGGAAUGUGGACCAUGUGGUGAUUAACGAGCGAGCGCUCUCCUGGUCUCCGUUCUCCAAUAGAAACGAAAUGAACCCAGGACUUCGGAUCUCGAUAACCAACAGUACGAUAGACGAAAUCGCUUCUCAUGCGAUACAGGGACGAGUGAACGACGUCGUCAUCAGCGACUCCAGGAUAAGAGCACUGAAGCCUUUUGCAUUCUCCAGCCUUACUGGUGUCAACAAUAUUGACUUAUCGGACAAUGUCUUCGAAAACAUCGAAAUUCAGGCUUUCAAGAAAUUCACCGUGGAUAACUUCAUAUUGCGCGGUGGCAGGAUCGAUACGUUGCCGAGCAGGUUCCUGUCGGAUGUCGAGGUGACCAACCUGUUCCGGAUGGAAGGUGUUACUGUUAAGUAUUUGUUUAGUUUAACUUUUCUUGUCAAUUCACCAAAGAGAGUCCUCAUAGAGAGUAACAACAUUGAAACGUUGGAAGGUGACGGGUUUCACAUAGUUACGAGAGGGCCCAUUACCUUUAGAAAUAAUACGGUAACCAACUUGAGGAAGGGUGCAUUUUUUGGAUUCACCGUUGACUUAGAGAUAGCAUCAGUGAUGGGGCCUCAAGAACUGCUAAUAGACAAUAACACUGUGAGUAAUUUGGGGCCCGAUUCGCUGGUGUUCAACCGCACGCGGCUGACGCUGCGGGUGGACGGGCUGCGCCUGAACGCGUCGUGCUCGUGCGCCAUGGCCGAGCCGUGGCGCGCCGUGCUGGCGGAGCAGGGCGGCGCGCUCGCCUGCUGGUACCCGCUGGAGGGGCACUUCGUGUCGCUGCCCACCUACUUCGACACCAGGUGUGGCCCAUUUAAACAAAACUUUUGGAUUUUCGUACUCAUAGGAGUUAUCGUCGUUUUAGUUCUAGCGGCCAUAGCCAUAUUUUUUAUAGUAAGACGAGAAAACGAGAAGAAAAAGAAAGUACAGAUAGUUAUGCCCGAUGGAAAGACUUACAGGGAAACUGAGUUCCAUAUAGUUGUCGAAAGAGCGGAGCUUCUGACCACCGAUCUGUAAUCGGCUAGUGCAGGGAGCAAAGUGAUGUCUGCCAUUGUGUGUCCGGUGACAAACAUUACACGAAUAAUCUGUCCGAUUAUAUAUUCUACCUCAAGGGGCUGAUGUUCCAAUACGUUCAUAGGACAUGGGUUUUCGAUGUGAAGAGUGCCAUCAGCGAGCACCGUGGUGUGGCGCACUGCGUCAGUAUAUAAGUGCCAACAUUUGUUUUACACCGAUCAGUAUUACGCGAUGUGGUGUUGCAAAAUAUACUACUUAGGGCUUUUUUGAGAAUAGCAUUAAAUUAUUGUGAUGAAUAAAAAGUAAGUACAACGAA